GCGGUAGCGCCGGUGCCAGCCCAAGUAACGUCAACUCUUCCUCUAACAUCAACAACAAUCGAAAGUUUGGAGAUGCGGUUCCCGGCAACGGGCUCUCGACAGCGGCAGUGGGCGCCUCCGCGUGCCCUCGGUCCAUGAGCCAGCAGGAGUGCCGGAGCCCUCCGCCGCCGCCGUGGGUCUUCCCGGCUCAUUCACGCUCCAGCGAGAACCUGGAGCCGCCUCAGCAGCAGCAGCCGCCGCCGUCCACGCGUGUGCCAGAAGCUCCGGGUCCGGGAGAUGAAGAAAACAACAAUCACAACGUGGAGUCUGACUCCAGCUCCUGCAGGACAUCCAACAGCACUGCGACGUUGUCCUCAUGUGCGUCGAUGGAGCCCUGUGUAUCAGAUGAACACUUCCAGGCACACAGUCACGCUGAACACACCUUCAGACGCAUGGAGACCUACCUGAGGACCAGGAAGCUGUGUGAUGUUGUCCUUCUUGCUGGGGAACGCAGAAUACCAGCACACAGACUGGUUCUCUCAUCAGUGUCUGAUUACUUUGCGGCCAUGUUCACCAGUGAUGUCCGAGAGGCCAAACAAGAGGAGGUCAAAAUGGAGGGUGUGGACCCAGAUGCAUUAUGGGUUUUGGUGCAGUAUGCUUACACAGGGCGUCUGGAGUUGAGGGAGGACACUAUAGAGAGUUUGCUGUCUGCGUCUUGCCUUUUGCAGCUGUCUGCAGUGGUUCAGGCCUGUUGCAGUUACCUAAUGAAACAGCUUCAUCCUUCCAACUGUCUGGGCAUUCGCUCUUUCGCAGAUGCCCAGGGCUGUUUUGAUCUCCAUAAGGUUGCACAUAACUACACAAUGGAGCACUUUAUGGAGGUCAUGAGGCAUCAGGAGUUUCUCCUCCUGCCGGCAUGUGAGGUACAGAAGCUGUUAGCCUCCGAUGACAUGAACGUUCCAGAAGAGGAAACCGUGGUAACGGCCCUGCUUAGCUGGGUCCGACAUGAUGCACCCAACCGUCAAUCACAACUACCAGACCUCCUUGCUCACAUCCGCCUACCUCUGCUUAAACCACAGUUUUUAGCAGAUAUGGAGGCAAACCCAUUGCUAAGGGACAGUGUGGAGUGUCAGCGUUUGGUAAUGGAGGCCAUGAAAUAUCAUUUGUUACCAGAGAGACGGCCACUCCUCCAGAGCCCGAGGACACGCCCCCGUAAGGCCACUGUAGGGGCGCUUUUCGCCGUGGGUGGCAUGGAUGCCACAAAAGGGGCCACUAGUAUUGAGCAGUACUGUUUACGGAGAGAUACGUGGCGGCAAGUGGCCGUCAUGAGCGGGAGGCGUCUACAGUUUGGUGUUGCUGUCCUGGACGACCGCUUGUAUGUGGUAGGGGGACGAGAUGGCUUGAAGACCCUCAACACUGUGGAGUGUUACAACCCUCGCAGCAAGAGCUGGAGCGUCAUGCCACCCAUGUCCACUCACAGACAUGGCCUGGGUGUUGCAGUGUUAGAAGGCCCUAUGUAUGCAGUGGGUGGUCAUGAUGGUUGGAGUUACCUAAGCACUGUAGAGCGCUGGGACCCUCAAGCUCGCCAAUGGAGCUUUGUUGCGUCAAUGGCAACACCCCGGAGCACCGUGGGAGUUGCGGUCUUAAAUAGCAAGCUGUAUGCAGUAGGCGGCCGGGAUGGAAGUUCAUGUCUGAAGUCAGUCGAGUGUUUUGAUCCCCACACUAAUAAAUGGAGCAGCUGUGCUCCCAUGUCCAAACGCAGAGGCGGUGUUGGCGUAGCAACAUGGAAUGGCUUCCUGUAUGCCAUCGGUGGCCAUGAUGCCCCUGCCUCAAGCUUGGCGUCUCGACUGUCAGACUGCGUCGAAAGAUAUGACCCAAAGACAGACGUGUGGACAGCGGUAGCGCCCAUGAGCCUCAGCAGAGACGCGGUAGGGGUUUGUCUUCUGGGGGACCGUCUGUAUGCUGUGGGAGGCUACGAUGGCCAGGUGUACCUGAACACCGUGGAGGCCUACGACCCCCAGACCAAUGAGUGGACACAGGUGGCGCCGCUCUGUUUAGGUCGAGCUGGAGCCUGUGUGGUUGCAGUGAAGCUUUGAAAUGCUGUCAGUCAUCUCCAUGGUGACCAUCUAGAGUGUAAACCUACAGUGGUCCUGAUGCAGUGUGUCUGGAUGGAUAAGAGCAUCUGCUAACCAGGAAAGAAAAUAAAUAAACAAACAAACAAACAGACACACACAGCAGAACACUCAACUCUGGUAUACUGCUAUGCCUUUUAGUAUGUAUUUAUCUAUUGUAUUCACUGCAAAAACUAUACUUCCUUUUACAUGAAUGAGUCAUGCAUUUAUCUGUUCACCCUGUCUCAUCCCUUCAUCUGCAUUCUCCGUUACUGACAUAUUCUUCCCUGAUGAUAGUACAGUGACUGUAUAACAGUGAGUACUCUCAGGGGACGGUGGAAAUGAUGAAACAGAUCAUUCAGAGUCGAUUAAAAUAUAUAAGUGGAACAUGCAGAGCCAAAUGUUCUCCUAAAAUAAUCUGUUAUUCAAAAACAGCCGGAGUGUAGUUAAGCAACUCAACAGAAAGAGACAGAUGAGGAGAAAAAAUUAAAAAUGGACCUACCGUACAUUUGAUAAUCAAGCAUGGAUAGAAGGAAUAGAUAAAAAAAGAAAUAAUAAGAAGGGAAAAUAACAAAUGAAAAUCAAGCUGCAUGCUGACAAGGAAACUUCCACAUUAUUAGUCCAUUUCAGGCAUGCGUGUCUUCUAUAUUUAAUUGAUCUGCCCGAAGACAGUCAAAGCACAUCAGCAACAUCGCAUAUAAAUAUGAUAAUUAUACCUACAAGGGAGUAACACAAGCUUCUUUACACUGUGUGCGCUCAUUUCCAAAAUGCUUUAAGCUCAAAGAAAGACGAUCAUAAUGAGGUCUAAUGCAUAUUCACACAGUGCUCAUUGGAGGAAGUUACCCACACAAACUGAAAUGCUGUUUCUAUACCAGUUUCUCUCUCCUGGGGGAUUUGGCGAAAGAUUAAAAAAGUGGGUUGUAAAUAAUGGUUAUUGUGAGAGGUACUCUUGCUCAUUCAAUGUUAUAUUCAUAUUAUUUCUAUUUUUAUACAGUGAUUCAUCUCUGAAACAGCAGGAUUCUGGGUCAGUGUCCGUUUGAUGUAAAUAAAUUCCAGGGUGCAGGAAUAGAGAAGUUCAGAUGACUAAGGUUUAGAUUUAGUGCAUCUCUCUUUCAAUGAACCACAAAUAUAUGGAAAAAAUAUGUAAUGCUUAAGUCUUAACAAGAUGCGACAAGAAAAUUACGGGUUGGUGUUAAAACCAUUUGUGCACUGUAUUACAAAACCAUUUGUGGAUAAUAUUACAUUACACAAUGGCAAAUAGUGUUUCUUUUUUUUUUUUUUUUGAGGUAGAACAGAAACUAUUUGCAAAUAUGGUACGCAAGUAAACUUAAAUUUUGUUAUGUUAUAUAUUUCCUCUUUAGCCUUCUCUUAUAGCUUUUCUUCUCACGUUAAUGCAUCUUGUUUUAAAAAAAGAUAAUAUUAUGUAUUCGUUUUGGAAAACAAGACACAAUUGCCAAAUCCUUGAAAGUUUGUGAAUCUUUUAAAAACAAUACAAGGCCCUGGAAGGUUUUUGAAAAUAAACACGCAUAGAUAAAGGUCACUGAACGUGCUUGAAUCUAUUUUGUGCAAGACGUUUUCUGGAAAAAAAUCAAUUUUAUUUCCGUGGGCUGAAAGUACAUGUUUCUGUGUUAUAUUAAAAUUAAGGUUGCCCUGAUUCUAUUAAAGGUGCAGUGUGUAAAUUUUAGCGGCAUCCAGUGGUGAGGUUGUGAAUUACAACCAACGGCUCAGUCCACUGCUCACCCCUCACUUUUGAAAAGCAUUGAGAAGCUAUGGUAGCCGCCACCGGAAAAACAUGUAAUUGAUGGAGACAACUUAAGUUUGUCCCUUAACUCUUUCACCGCCAGCGUUUUUAAAAAAAGUUGCCAGCCAGCGCCAGCGUUUUUCAUGAUUUUCACCAAAGUUUAAUGCCUUCCAGAAAAUGUUCUUCUUUAAAUAAAUAAACGUACAAUAUACCAAAUGAAAGAACAGACCCUCUGCUUUCAAACAAAAAAAAACCGUUUCAUCCUACCUUUAGUGGUUCUUUUGCAAUCAGCUUUUGAAUAUGGGUAGGUUUUUGCAAAAACACCAUAUUUUGAGCAAAAAGCAAAAAUAAUUCCAUAUUUGUGACGGACUUUUCAUAGAGAUCCCAUUCAGAGCGAUCUUUAAAACAGACACGGACAUGCAGCAGCUUGCCAUAGGGCAAUACUUCCGGUUUUAAAAAGUUGCGGAAGGGCGCCACCUGGUGGAUAAUAGCGGUAUUGCGGAAAGACGGAAAAUCUCGUCAUUGGCGGGGAAGCGUUUUCUCUUAAUUGACGAGAUAUCUCGUCAAUGGCGGGGAAAGAGUUAAGGGCUUCUGUAGAAACAUGGUGGCACAAAAUGGCGACUUCUGCGUAAGUGGACUUGGGUUGCUGCGGUGACGUUAUUUUCCCACCGGUUAAUCAGCGCGUCACAAACCCGGUGAUACCGGUAUCACCGUGUGGGAGGGGCUUAUAAAUGCGCAUGCAGACGUGCACAUUUUACUUUCAUUAUACAGUGCUUGGGUACGCUGUGUUAAAUCGCGUAUGAAUUUGCGUGCAAUGUGAGUGCAAAAGCUGGUUUACUUAAGUGCUUGAGUCAAUGUGCGCAGGUAAUUCUCAAAGAACCCGCCAGUCCCAAGCAGAGCAACCGGCUACUUCUCCAUAAAGCGCUGCUUGAAUGAUGGGUUUAUUAUUUUUCUUGAUGAAAAACACAACAAAACGAUCUCGCUUAUAUUAAACAUCAUAUAUGUAUAUUAUAACAAAAACGAGUAAGCACGCGGCUUCUGCCAUCGUCUGGUCAGUCAGCUCGCCUUACAAACUCUGACAGAAAUAAAUGAAAUCUGACACCUGCUGCUCUGUGACGUGACGCGCAUUCAGCUCCGCUGAAUUCAGGCAGCAGACAAAUUUAGUUGUUAGUGUGUUUCCUCUCUCUAACGAAACAAAAUGAUUUAAUUACACGAAAAUAUCAAAACGACGGGGAAAGACCGUGUCGUGGUGGGCAAGUGAUCUAACCGUUGAGAGGCUGAAGCACCGGUUAUCACCGUUUCACCGACUAUCAUGGCAAGCCUAAAGUGGACCCUCUGUGUAUGUAGAUAAAAACGUCUCAUUCUAAGAUAAUAAAAACAUAAUGGUUCAUUAUAAAAAGGUCUUUAUACACCCCCGAUAAUAUAGUUUUGUAUAUUAUUUUGCAUUUCUGUCAAAAGAUCCUUCUAAAAAUUACACAUUGCACUUUUAAAUUAUAAUAUUUAAAAAAAUAAAUAAGCAAACAUUACACUGUUUACUAAUGCAGUUUUAUUUUCAAAGGUAACUGUUAUAACUGUUAUAGCUAUAAAAAUUAUUUUGCCAAUAAUUUAAAAAUUUUCUUUCGUCUUUGUGCGACUGGCGUGACAUCUCCAUUAUAAGCCUACAGUACCUGAAUUUGUUGAGUUUUUUUUAUGCUUCCUAUACACCUUCAAGUAUGAAUGCCAUGUACUGUACAUAAAAAUAUGAAAAAAUAUUUAAUUUCAAUUUACAAAAAAUUAUAUUUUAGAAAAUGUUUAAUUUACCUUUAUUCUGUUUCCUUAUCUCACAUGGAAUUAUGGGCCAAAUUAAAGGUCAUUGCGAGACAAGUUUGGGCACCUCUGGUCUACACUGUUAGUUAUGAAUGCUUAUGAUACUGAAUUUUGAUCCAUACCAAAAUGCUUUUUUGCAUAAUUGUGUUUGAUACAUGAAAAUUGUAACAAUGUAUCUUACAAGGUAACAUGAUGUAACCUUGCGCUCACUUAAAAUUUGUCCCCACAUUAAGUCCUGGAAUAUUAGAGAAUUGAAUUUGAAUUUAAAGUUAAAUUAAAGUUUCAGGUUUUUCAGGUAUCUGUUUGUCAGAGAGAUGAGUGGCAUUAUGCGCCAUGUUUAUACCCUAUGCUGAGUAAAAGUGCAGCAUGAAAGUCACAGUCAACACAGAUUUGGUAUUUGAUCUGUAAAUCCAGCUCUUUUUUAACUUGCCUGCAUUUCAGUGUUUUACAUGGAAGAAAGAGAGGUGUACAGACAAAGAGACUGAAUGAAAUGACAGACAACGUUUGAGAUCAGAACAAUCUAAGAUGUAGAAAAGAUCCACAUCCUGUUUACAGUAAGAUGUUAACUCCAUUCAGUAGAUUGAACUGGAGCUGUGACAUCAUUCUACUCUGAUUUAUGUCAUAUUUCAUCAUUGUAUGCUGUAAUGCAGUUUUUUGCCUUUAUUUUUGCAUGACUAUAGGUUUUUAUGCAAUAUGAAAUUCGACUUCAUGUGUAUGAAAUAUCACUCCUUCCCGAGGAAGGGUUUAAUUUGUUGGGUGACCAAACAUUAGUAGGAAAAUAUCUUUUAAUACAACUGUAAAGUUCAAAUGCUUCUUUUAUAUUUGUAAGAGUAUCACAGCUUCUUUUUUUUACAGAUCAUCAUGUAUCAGAAUUCAAUCUUUACCAAGUAUUUGAAAUGUUUCAGAAGAGGCAAAACAUUAGAUCAGUGUUUGACUGGAUAAUCAUGGAGUACACAAAAAUGCUGGGAUGUUUUUGAUCCAGUGUUGGGUCAAAAAGUGACAAACCAAGCUGUUGGGUUAAAAUAUCCCAGAAAAAAGUUAUAUUUAACCCAAAAAUUGGUUAAAACAAGCCAGCAUUUUGGGUUGAAAGUUAAAACACUUUUACUGACUCAGUGCUUGUAUACCAUACAUUACACCAAACAUAAAUGUAUAGCUCAGCAAUUAAGAAUAGCAGAACCUGUAUGAAUAUAUCAACAGCAUCCAAAAGAUUAUACCAGUUAUAUGCUUCUGUGUACAGUGUACAGCACGCACAUAUUGUAAUGUUAUAUUGAACGUUAUCAAAAAAUGUAUUACAGAGUUUAACUUCAUUGUGCAGUGUUAUAAAUAAUGCUUUGAUUUAAAUAUAUAUUUAUAUAUCUUAGCAUUUUAAGUAUUCAGUACAGUGGGUUAACAUGUCAUCUUUUCUAUUGUAAAUACUGUUAUGCAUAUCGUAUGUAUAUGUUGUGUUUUAUAGAUGCUUCCCUCUCUUGUGCAUAUACUGAGGCUUGUAUUAUUGAUGGGAGGCUGAAUAAUUGACUUUUUUGUGUAACAUGAAUUGCUGACUAAAAUAGUUUUUAUUAUACAUUCCACAUUGAGAUAUUGUUUGAUUUAUUGAUAUUUUGUUUAUUAAACUCGAAAAACAUUGUUCAGA